UCUGCACGCGAUCCCCAGACUGCGCUUAUGCGCGCACCCAUCGAGUUCCCAUCUGCAACUCCUUUUCCCUUUCGCACAAUCCUUGAGGUUAUUGUGCUUCAGCGUGUACAAGAUGAUCACAAGGCUUUUCCUCGGGGAUACUGUCUCCCACUGAUGAGAUUUGUUUGAAUCAUCUUUCUCGGCCCUUCGCCCAUGCCCAAUCCCAUCCGGAGCAGUCUCCGUUAGAGGAUCAUGCUGGUCGACAUCCUCCGCCCAAAAUGCGAUUCUUCACCCUCUUCGUCCUCAUAACCCAAGGCGCCUGGCUUGCGCGGGCCGGAACGGUCAUAAAAUCACAACAUGAGACCUCUAUGGGCUCCCAGGCCGAUCAACUAGUGAUCACAGCGGAUGCAAGAGAAGGGAAUGGUUCUACGUCACGGAACUCCGAUAUAUCGUCUGCCCUCCGGGACAUGCUAGACGCAUUGGAAGUCAUGCAAGAUAGUUACUUUGACAUGUUCUCUGGGACUUGGCUGGGUGCCAUAGAUUGGACAUCUGCCGUCAUGGGAACUCAUGUCUCUGCCACUUUGUCCAGCAUCGUGUCAUCCUUGGACACCGCCUCCACCGCUGCUUGCUCUGAGAUGUUGUCAUGGCAGAAUCUCAUCGAUCGUUACUAUGCUCAGACAUCGGCUUUCUAUUUCGGCGAGAACGCAUUUGCUCUGCGAAACCAGGCUUAUGACGAUAUGCUGUGGGUGGUUCUCGGCUGGCUCGAGAACCUGAAAUUUGCAGAGAUGUACUCCCUAAAACAUUGGGAUUACGUACAGUCAGGUGGCCAGACUGCAUCAAGCGAUGGAUGGCACGGUCUGCAAUUCGUUCCUAUGGCUGCCCAUCGCGCACGUGUUUUCUACGAUCUAGCCUCAGCUGGCUGGGACGAAUCGUUAUGUGGUGGUGGCAUGACCUGGAACCCAUAUCUCACGCCUUAUAAGAACGCCAUCACCAACGAGUUGUUUGCGGCAGCAAGCAUCGGCAUGUACCUGUACUUCCCAGGCGACAAUAACACAUCACCAUAUAUGACAUCAAGUCCACAGGGCUCAAUGAAGCCUCACGAUCCGACGUAUCUCGAAAACGCAAUCAAAAGUUACAAGUGGAUCAUGGAAAGCAAGAUGCGCAAUCCUGAAGGUCUCUAUGAGGACGGCUUUCAUGUGACAGGCUGGCGCCGUUACCCAAAUGGAACAAUCAAUCCUGGAACUGGAAACUGCGACGACCUCAACUCUAUGGUCUAUACUUACAAUCAAGGUGUCAUUCUAUCUGCCAGUCGUGGUCUUUGGCUUGCCACUGGGGCGAGAAGCUAUUUGGAGGACGGCCAUGCCCAGAUCGAGAGUGUUGUACGCGCCACUGGAUGGCCGAACACUGAUUGGAGAUGGGCCGGUUUAGGCAGAGGAGGCGUCAUGGAGGAGUUCUGUGACCACCGAGGAUAUUGUAGUCAGGAUGGCCAGACUUUCAAAGGCAUCUUCUUCCACCAUUUGUCGGAUUUCUGUCGGCCAUUGUGGCCACAAGAAGAGGCCUUCCUGGCCUCAACGAGUCAGACGGCCGACUUCGACCGGGACGUCUAUGAUUAUCAUCUUGCCCGCUGUGCUGCAUAUGACAAAUGGGUGGUUCACAAUUCUGAAGCUGCCCUUGCCACACGGAAUUCUGAUGGCCACUUUGGAAUGUGGUGGAUGUUCAGGGGCCCCCGUCACAAUACGAUGGCUCAAAUUCAAAAGAGCACCAACCUACCAGUCGGUGCGGACGAUCAUCUGAAUCCUGAACCUCAGAAUUGGUCCGACCAUGAGGCUGAGCCGUAUGAUUGGAACGAUCGAGGUCGUGGCAGAACGGUCGAGACCCAGAGUGGAGGACUAGCGGUCCUUCGAGCCAGAUGGAACUGGCAGGUAUACUCCAGACGGACUUCUACGUAACGGUAAGGACGCCACAAUGACUCGAUAUAUGCACCUAUAUAUACGCACUGCGGAAUGAAAACGCUUGAAACAAAAGUACCGACAGUGCGUCGCCGUUGUUUCCCCCUGCCUGGCCAGUCCAAGUCUGGCA